CUUCUGUUUUCACUUCUCUGCCACUAAAACCCCAAAUAGCGUUACAAGGGGUUUUGUUUUCUGUCACGCUUCAAUGGCGUUCUCCAAUACAUAUCUCUUAUCUCCUUCCUCUUUAUACAAACUGAAUCCUGUUCUCUUCUCCCAUCGGCGUCGUAGUAUCGCUUUAUCUCGGUUUCAUCUUCGUAUCCUCAAACCAAGGUUUUUUGCAGCUGCUGCAUCAGACAAUGGCGUAUUUACUUCUCCCGAGACAGCAAAAUCUUUUGACUUUACUUCCGAGGAACGGAUAUACAACUGGUGGGAUUCCCAAGGGUAUUUCAAGCCAAACUUUGAUAAGGGAAGUGAACCUUUUAUUGUCACAAUGCCACCUCCAAACGUGACUGGUUCAUUGCACAUGGGACAUGCUAUGUUUGUGACUCUUGAGGAUAUUAUGAUCAGAUACAACAGGAUGAAGGGCAGACCUACACUCUGGCUCCCUGGAACUGAUCAUGCUGGCAUUGCAACUCAGUUGGUUGUUGAAAGAAUGUUGGCUUCUGAAGGAAUAAAGAGGGUUGAAUUAGGUAGAGAAGAGUUCACAAAGAGAGUUUGGGAAUGGAAGGAGAAGUAUGGAGGAACCAUUACAAAUCAGAUAAGGCGACUUGGUGCUUCUUGUGAUUGGACCAGAGAACAUUUCACACUUGAUGAACAGCUAAGUCGAGCUGUUAUUGAGGCCUUCAUUAAGCUUCAUGAGAAAGGGCUUAUCUACCAAGGGUCUUACAUGGUCAACUGGUCUCCAAAUUUACAGACUGCAGUUUCUGACCUGGAAGUUGAAUAUUCUGAAGAACCUGGUUCUCUAUAUCACAUCAAGUAUCGUGUUGCUGGUGGAUCAAGGAGUGACUUUCUAACAAUAGCAACCACAAGGCCUGAAACUUUAUUUGGUGAUACAGCUAUUGCAGUUAAUCCUGAGGAUGAAAGAUAUGCUAAAUACAUUGGAAAGUCAGCCAUUGUUCCAAUGACAUUUGGACGCCAUGUCCCAAUUAUUGCUGACAAGUAUGUAGAUAAAGACUUUGGAACUGGUGUAUUAAAGAUAAGCCCUGGACAUGAUCACAAUGAUUACCUUCUUGCAAGAAAAUUAGGUCUUCCUAUACUCAAUGUCAUGAACAAAGAUGGAACACUCAAUGAGGUUGCUGGAUUAUACAAUGGGCUUGAUCGAUUCGAGGCCCGAAAGAAAUUAUGGGCAGAACUUGAGGAAACAGGCUUAGGUAUCAAGAAAGAAGCUCACACUUCAAGAGUUCCAAGAUCUCAAAGAGGUGGAGAAAUCAUAGAGCCUUUAGUGAGCAAACAGUGGUUUGUGACAAUGGAGCCUUUAGCUGAGAAGGCUCUUGAGGCAGUGAAAAAAGGUGAAUUGACCAUUAUGCCCGAGAGAUUUGAAAAGAUAUAUAAUCAUUGGCUUUCAAAUAUAAAAGAUUGGUGUAUAAGCAGACAAUUAUGGUGGGGACACCGGAUUCCUGUUUGGUAUAUUGUUGGAAAAGAUUGUGAAGAAGAUUAUAUAGUUGCUAAAAAUGAAGAUGAAGCUCUUAAAAAAGCUCAAAAGAAAUAUGGAAAAAAUGUCGAAAUAUAUCAAGAUCCAGAUGUUCUUGACACCUGGUUUUCAAGUUCUUUAUGGCCCUUUAGCACUUUGGGAUGGCCUGAUGUGUCUUCAGAGGAUUUCAAACACUUCUACCCUACAUCAGUUCUUGAAACAGGGCAUGACAUAUUGUUUUUUUGGGUUGCACGUAUGGUGAUGAUGGGGAUUGAGUUCACAGGGAGUGUCCCAUUUACACAUGUCUAUUUACAUGGACUUAUUCGUGAUUCUCAAGGGCGAAAAAUGUCUAAAUCAUUGGGAAAUGUCGUAGAUCCUUUAGACACAAUGAAAGAAUUUGGCACUGAUGCUUUGCGUUUUACUCUUGCUUUAGGAACUGUGGGCCAGGAUUUAAAUUUAUCAACUGAGAGACUAACAUCAAACAAGGCAUUCACCAAUAAAUUAUGGAAUGCUGGAAAGUUUGUUCUUCAAAAUUUACCAAAUAGAAGUGAUGAAUCCGCAUGGGAGAGGCUACUUGCCCAUAAGUUUGAUAAAGAAGAGUACCUUCUCACACUGCCUUUACCAGAGUGUUGGGUGGUUUCAAAACUGCAUGUGCUUAUUGAUGCAGUGACAACAAGUUAUGACAAAUAUUUUUAUAAUGAUGUUGCACGUGAAAUAUACGAGUUCUUUUGGGGUGAAUUUGCUGAUUGGUAUAUCGAAGCAAGUAAAGCUCAUCUUUACCAAUCAGAAAAUGAAGCAGUUUCCUCUACUUCACAAGCAGUUCUUUUAUAUGUUUAUGAAAACAUAUUAAAAAUGCUCCAUCCUUUCAUGCCUUUUGUCACAGAAGAGUUAUGGCAGGCACUACCAAAUAGGAAAGAAGCUCUAAUAAUAUCUCCAUGGCCUCUUCCUUCACUUCCAAGGAAUCUAACUUCCAUAAAAAGAUUUGAAAACUUGCAAGCUUUGACACGUGCAAUAAGAAACACAAGAGCAGAAUAUUCCGUGGAGCCCGCAAAACGUAUUUCUGCAAACAUCGUUGCUAAUCCUGAUGUCAUCCAAUAUAUUUCUAAAGAAAAGGAUGUAUUAGCUCUUCUCUCAAGACUCGAUACACAAAGCAUCAAUUUUACAGAUUCGCCCCCAGAGGAUGUGAAUCAAUGUGUGCAUCUUGUUGCUGGAGAGGGUUUAGAGGCAUAUCUUCCACUUGCAGACAUGGUGGAUAUAUCAGCAGAAGUUCAAAGGCUAUCAAAGCGCCUUUUAAAAAUGCAAAAUGAAUAUGAUGGACUUUUGGCUCGAUUGAGUUCUCCUAAUUUUGUUGAGAAAGCUCCAGAGGAUGUUGUUCGUGGGGUCCGUGAAAAGGCGUCAGAGGCAGAAGAAAAAUUGAAUCUGACAAAAACACGUUUGUCGUUCCUCCAAUCAACAAUUUUGGUAUCAGAGUAGUUUAAUUUGGUGUAACAUUUAUGCUAUUUUUUUUAUUCCAACUCUACCACAUGCCAUUGAUUUACAUUACAUCUUACGUGUUGCAAAAUUUUCAAAUCAUACGGGUUGAUUUGUAUAAUGGAAAUUCG